GUCCUUCUUGAUCAAUCCACUGCUUCGAUGCCGUCUCAACAUCCAGGAGGGGAGGUUCAAACCCUCUAUAUCUGCUCCUAAUAUCGUAGUUUGAUAAUAUUGAGGAUAUUCGAUAUUCGUAAGCUGCUACUGUGAUUUUAAUCCUGAUCAACGGUUUGGCGUCGAACUUGCUAUUCCGGAGAAGAUGUCGCAUGCAACUGGAACGAUUUUCCCGCCAGCACUUUCGAAGUUCACUCCCCUCUGCAGCAUGAUCCGUUUGAAGUGCAGUCUGCAGACUCAUCUGCAAAUGGAGAGAGAGCCAAAUGGAGGCUGGAGCCUGUGGAGGAGCAUGACUCAUGAGGUCCCCGCACAGAUAUUGUUAAAAGAACUUCCCGGGGAAGCUCUUUAGAUGAGCAAUCUUGCGUUCGGGCCUUGGCAGCAGCAGUUAAAGCACUGUUCUGAUCUUGAUUCAGAGAUGCUAGUGGUCUUCUGAUGUUGAUCAGCAGCAGGCAAUGGCAUACAGUGAAUAUGGAAGAUACUGUGCAAUAUAUAAAGUUAAAGCGCAUUACUAACCAGCUGCCCAGAGUUUUGCCACCAAUGUAGAUUUUUGUGGCGUGGAACUCAUUGUUGAUCUCUCGGGCAUUCUUGCAGUAGCCUGCAUCUCAGCCUCUCUCGCUGCAUUUGAGUAUGUCCAAAUAACAAAACCUGUCCUAAAUAUCAGCUGAGCAAAGACGGCCCCGAGUACUUGAGCACUCACUCACUGGCAAUAACAUAAGACUUUGUUUCAAAUGAUGUUUUUGGCCGCCCGCUGAUCAGUACAAUGUAAUUUAGGACAGCGCCAAAAGGUGUCGCAGAUGGGUUCCCCUGGUCCCCUCCUGUCUCCUCAAAGCUUUACAGCUACCAGCCCCAAUAACGAUAUCUGGCAGUUCCUGGACGAAAUUGAUGCCCCCAAGUGGGUGGACUUGCAUGAGGAAGCCGUGUUGGCUGCAGCAGGACUGGAAGGCGACGACCCCUGGUUCCACUCCUCGCAUGAGAACCAUGAGAAGUCGCUUGACGAGCUGGCAGAGGAGACCGGGACACUUCCGCUGCCGCUGCUUCAUGAAACUGGGCCCUUUUCACACUCCCCGACUGGAAGCCCUGCUGGCGGCCACUCUCAGGAAGCGACAGAGGCGCCACAAGGCUUCAAGCCAUUGUUAGGAGAGAAGGGCUUGAGUGCCGCAUUGGUCGACAGCUUGCACCGAGUGGACCUGCGUCGGUUGGGGGGCGGAGCGCAGCGGCUCACUGCGCGGGCUUUGAGAGUGGCCCCAGGAGAAGCACCGCGCAGCAGCGCCUCUCCUGAGGCUGAAAUCCCAGUCCAAGAAGCGUCUCGCUCGCUCGCGCACCCGAAAGAGGCACAUGCUCCCUCUGUAAGCCCCGCAAGCUCUCCCCACAAGCCCUGGCACCAUGCAAGACUUGCAACGGGGGCCGUAACACCACACAAGGAAACAACUUCGCAGGCUGCGGCAACCCCUCCCGAGCGCCCAUCUAGCAGCAGGCCCCCUGAGGGGAAUCAUGAGGAGGCAGGGCCGGCGGAGCUGCCAAGGGAACGGGAGUCUUCAUCUGGCGAGGCUGCCGAGUUGGGUGAAAGUGGGGACCGGCGGAACGGCGGGCGCGGUAUGCAGCUUCCGGUUGCGGCUGCUAGCAGACAAGCCGGCGGAGGACGGGAACCGGCGGUGGGGCUGAGUGGCGGGGUGGGCCGGCAUGCCGGCCGGAGGUCUCUUGGUGACGCUCUUCGACGGCCUGCGGAAGGGGAGGGCACUCCCCCCGGGUUGGAGUUGGGUCCCAAGAAGCGGACGCCGCCACUUGUGGCGCGGCCGCGCAAGUCAGCGGAGAGCGGCGGGGACAACACGGAAGGGGUGAAGCUGGCGUUCGGCAGGCGCAUCGAGCAGCCGGAAGGGGAUCCCCGGACCAGGAAAACGAUCCCCCAAGGCGAGCACUCGGGAGCGGGGCUGCACAGUCGGCCUAUGUUGGAAGGACACGUGUCAUGUUCCUUGCCGGGGGCGCAGAGAGGCCCGCUAGGAUCCGGGCGCGCAAAUGGCGCCGCAAGCAAAGGGAUCGCUAGCAAAGCAAUCGUCAAAGCAGGGCGACAGGUGGCGGCGAGAACGGACAGCGGGAACGGGCGAGCCGGCGGGAGGGCCCCUUUGGUGACGUUAGCCACGGGCAACACGGGCAGCGUUCCUGAGGCGCAAACACGGAAAGUGGCGGCAAAGGGAACUGGGGGGCAGCACGCGCAGCGGGUUGCGGGUCCGCGCCUGACGCAUGCCGCGGUUGGGUUUACGCCUGCUCCUCAGGUCGCCGCAGGUGAAACGAGCAAAAGGCGGACUGGGGAGAGACGAUCAGCUCAGGCUCUUGACACCGCUGACGGCCAUAUGAGUUCUGCAACAAGGCCCGGCCCGUCCCCUGCUGACGUCACGCGCGCGCAGAGCCGCCCCCCGGGGGAAGAUGCUGACUUGGCCGCCCUACUUGCGCAGCACAACCGGAGGUUCAAAGCCAAGCCCGCAUACGAGCCUCGGAUGCACUCCGUGCGCGACACCAAGCAGUGGGAGGCUGUGAGCGGGAAGACGUACUACCAGCUGGCGCCAGAGGAGCGCGAAGCGGCCAACGAGGAGAUAACGAGGAUGAAGCAGGCGCUAGCCACGGGCGCAUUCUAAGAGGAGGCCGACGAGCCGGGUGUCGCAAAGCCCGCAUGAACCUUCACAAGUUGUGCAAACGUACGAUAAUUGACAUGGUUGAUUCGCUCCUCUAAAAUUAACAGCGUUGCUACGAAAGAACUGAUCGCACUUACUCAAUGCGUAUAUAUGCAAACGGCACCUGCACAAGAAGACGUAUGUGUGCGCUCACAUUGUCAACAUGUCAUCA